UCCAAAAACCGGUUGUGCGACUACACCAAGAAGCAACAAGCCCCACAUCGUGCUUGCGCGAGAGCAAGCGCGCGCUCAAAGAACGCUGAGAAGAAGAAAACGUCAAAUCUCUUUGACGCCAGCGUUCUUUUCUGGUUAAGCAAAAACCUCAGUAACAGAAGCUCGUCAUACCAUUAAUGGUUCAGAUGAGUUCAAAGGGCAGCAAGUCUGCUCCUCCUGCCAUUUCUUCAGCGGCAGCCGGUCUAGAUUCGCAGCAAGAGAACGCCCCGACAGCCGCUAUUGCAGCAUUUCCUCCAACAGCCGCCGUCACGCAGAACUCCGAGGCCCCCUCCCAACAGGCACCACCGGAGAGAACGGCUGACCGAACAAGACACAAGGUGCCGCACCAUCACCCGAAACAGAGCAAGCGCCAGUCAUUGCCACAGCGCGGCAUCUCUUCGGUGUCAUCACUCUCCCAGCCCGUGACUCCAGCCUACGACCUCGGCAUUGGCAUACAAGAGGCAAUUAAGCCAGAGAUGCGGGUCAGCGCGACGGCGUCCCCUUCGUCACCGCAGAACGGCGCAUGUUCGGUCGUUGUCAGCACAGUCGGGGCUAAGAUGAAGGAAGGAGAUGUCAAGCAGGACGUAGCCUCAUCCGCUCCUCAGUCAUCGGCGAACCCCAACGCACUGAACGCAGCGACCUCUGCAUCCCCUCCCACAACGCGAAACGUUAAGCAGCCGGUGCGCUUACCAGACGCUGACUUCCUCAAAGCCCUUGCGUCCUUGGCUCCCUCUCCGGUGGAGGAAUCCUCUAGGAGGGCCUCUUCUGUCAAGGGCACGAGAAGUUUGCUGGGCGUUGGCGAAGAGCCACCCUCUUCCUCGGAUCACUCUGGAAGAAGUUAUGCGUUUCGACAAUUUAAACUUUCGCGUCAGGCCAAGAUAGCGCUGACCAUGCUUCUAGUCCUGACUGCAUUUGCCCUUGGCUUCCUCCUGCACCCAAGAGCAAGCCGGCAGACCGCGGCGUACUGUAAGACCUCGUGUUGCGAGGAACACCGGUAUCGCAUAUCAAAUCAGCUUGACCAAGGCAUCGACCCUUGUAACGACUUUGGUCAUUACGUGUGUGGACGGUGGAUGCGGAGCAAGAUAUUUCGCCUGUCAACCUCCGAGAUGUCAAAUAUGCACCUGUCGUGGCUGUACAAUAUUCCGGAAAGGCUGAACAAAGGUUUCGCUCGAUUCACCAUAGUCAGAAAAGUGAUUGCCAUGUAUAACAUGUGCCUUAGGACGAAGGGCUCUCCAAUCGAAAUCAUGAAAGAAUUUAUGCACGCACGAGGCAUUUCAUGGCCGGAAAAACCACACGAACCAGUCAGCCCAAUUAGGGUCCUUUUCGACCUGUCCUUGAACUGGAACGCGCAUCUCUGGUUUACCUUGAAGAUAUUCCCCGCUACGUCCACAGAAAAUCCAAGGCACAUCUUUUUUGCACCAAACGAGCUUAUGCUGUUGUGGAAGGCCAUGUUCAGCCAGAUACCAAAGGAAACCUUCCAGACGGUCUACAACGAACUUUUUGGGAUUUUUUCUAAUGACACGAGCAGCGAAACGAACGGCGAAAGCAUCCGGGAGACAUACCACAUGCUUGAGGAUGUUUUCAACACAUUGGUGCCGGCGUGUCCUUGCAAGGCACGCAUUUCGAAAUUGUUUUCUAUCAAGGACUUAGACUCCAACUCUACCGGUUCUAUUGGCUCGCACAUGGUAAAAAUGUUAAAUGCUGUGGCGGCAAUCAAUCCGCCUAUCACAGUAGAUGACCUAAUGCUUGUGAGUGACAUGUCUGAGUUUGAGAAUAUCUUGCGCAUAAUCAAACGUUUCGGUGAUGAGGCGCUACUGCGACACCUGUCGUGGCUCUUUGUCCAAACGUAUGGGGCAGUGACAUACCCAACGGCCGUGCUGCUUGCCAUUCAUGGCAGCAGGCACCAUGCCGGACAACAGCAACCCCGUUUCUGCGCUGUCCAAGUGGAAUCAAGCUACAAGCUCCUCGCGAAUGCCAUCGCCUCCGUAAUCCUCUUCUCGGAGAAAGAGCGGCGCCACAUCAACGAGCACCUAGCUGCCAUUGUGGAGGAGGCUGCCAAUAAGACGUGGGCUGUCUCGUGGCUCGACAACGACACGAAAAAAGUUGCUGUGGAAAAGCUGAAGAACGUGCGCACAGCGUUGUGGCCUUCGGACAAGUUUCUCACGCAGAAGACACUUGAAGAAGUCUACAAAAACUUCACCUACGAUGUGCCGUCCUUCGCCGAGUACUGGAUCCAGACGCGUCGCAGCCAGCGUCUGAUGUACGGCUCCGAGGCGGCCGAAGAGGAGCAGCUCCUGGGUGACAGCACUCGGCUGCCAUACGCGGACUAUGAACAGGUGCUCAACCACCUCUCCCUCUCAUUGGGCGCACUGGCACCUCCGCUUUACUGCAAGGAUGGCACCAAUGCCAUGUUGUAUGGUGGCCUACUGUACUUUUAUGCUCGGACGCUCAUCAAUGCUAUUGACACCGUGGGAACGAAGUUCAACCCUCAAGGCGAGUUCGUGUCAUCUUCGCUGAGCGACAGCAUUCAAGACACCUUCGAGCAUCGAACGCUCCACUGCCUACCUGGAAACAUUAGCAUCUUCCCCGAAGUUCCAGCGAUGGAGAUAGCGUAUGCAGCAUUCAAGCGACACCACCAAGAAAGCAACAGCCGUCUAUCUGAGGAAUUGACGGAGGAGAAGGUGUUCUUCAUAACGGCCUGCCUGACCGCUUGCGCAACGACGCCUGCCGAGAACAUCUAUGGCGGCGACUGCAACAAGGCGGUCAUGAACUUCGCGCCGUUUGCCAAAGCCUUCGGUUGUCCCGUCGGUUCCAAGAUGAACCCUGCGUCGAAGUGCACUUUUUACGAUUGAUUUUCAAGACUAUGCCUGAGCGGUCCUCUUUCUCUGCCCAAAAUGUAAUCCUUUGUUUUAGUUUUGUGUGCGCGCGUCCGGGAUGCAUUGCUCUGUUAUCAUUCAGAUGCAGCGCCCAAUGCAAUUCGCUGAUCAUUGCACUCUACGUAGAUGAACUUAUUGCUGACUGCUUCAUUGACGAAAUGUCUGCUGUGCCUGAUUAUUGGUUGCUGUGCUUCAUUGUUUCGUGCAUGAACACUAUGUUGACGAAUUCAGGAGUGGGCUUCAAGUUCUGACAGCUAAGAGCUGAGCACAUUAUUGGACGUCAUAGCACAUUCGUAUGUCGCCAGACUCGAGCUGCUACAGCUGUCAAAAAAGUUUCUCCUUAGCUGACCCACGAAAACAUAUGAUCCGUUUUACGAGAAGUGCCAACGUAUCCUUCUGCUUUUGACGUCGUCUGCCACUGUAUUUUUUACCAUGUUAGUUUAGAUAGAUAGGCGCAGGUUCUGUCAUUCUAGUGUCAGUACAGUUUCUCCAAAACGUCCGGGGGGCCUAAUUACCUGGUCACUAUGAUUUACGCAAAAAACUGGUAAAUGUGUUGAUAUUUUACAGCUGUGGCUUUACCGGAGUGGAUACAUCACAGCUCGGUCUUAGUCGCGCUCCUGUUGCCUUCAAGAAGCAGUGCUACAUGACCAGUUAUGCAACGCUGAAGUGUCGAAUACUGGUAGUAGAUGGUGCCUUUACGAUGUGGAAAAUCAAAGAAAUGACAUGGCGUCGGUGCUGGUGAUGUCUAAAAGUCAUAAAGGCCUGUAUUCUGAUUCGUAGUGUUGUAAUGUAUUGCUGCUUCUCUGGAACGUACGUCGAAGUUAAGAAUUUAUGGUGUGCUUUGAAAUCUUGUAGCUAUGCUUUUUCAACGAGCAUUCAAGUAUGCUUAAGCCAUAAACAAAACGUUCAAACUUCGGAAGUUCACUAGAGCUAAUGUGUCCGGAGUUUUUUUUAUGUCGCAGUUUAGGCAUGCGCAAUUGUACUUCUGUAUGAAGAGAGCUUGAAUAUUAACGAUGAGGUAGGACUGGUUCUCGAUACUCCUUCAACAAUUUGGCGAGUUGGGCUAAUUUAUUAGAAUGAUGAUUAGUUCAGAUAAUACAGACGGAGGGAUUGGGGCUUGUAGAAAUGGACCGCCCGUUUGUGGAUCGGAACAUGAAAAGUGUGUGAAACACCAAUAUUGGCUUUGUAGCUGCGCCAUUAUUUUGGUGCCGUCACUAGUCCAGCUCAUAAGCCGCUAAAUAUAUUUG